UUUUCCAGGGCUUGUUCGAUGUUGCACACUUGUACCUCAUGGAAGCCUCAAGCGUGGAAGCCAGCGCAUAUGUCACACGCAUUCGGGCAUGAGCCAAGGAAAAGCUCACAGCAGCAAACCGAAGCUCUAGCAAGCGUGCCAGCUCACCAAGCUCGCCUUCACUCCAUCGCUCAUCGCCGAGCUUUGUUUUGCUUGUGUAACGUCCUAUGGCUAAGACCGGAGAAGACAAGGAAGAGGUUGAGAAGGCAAGGAGUGAAGGGUCCCAAGCCUACUUUGCUUGAUGGCAACGCCAAAGAGAUGAAGCGUAUCCGACAUGAGCUCAAGCCUAUGAAGAAGCAAGACAGCAACAACUACAUCUCCACCCUCUUCCCUCACAUCCUUGUCUGGAAGGAAAUUUAUGGCUCUGUGUUCCUUUACUCGUCAGGAGGUCGGGAGAUAUUGCAUGUUUCUCAGCCAGACAUGGUAAAGGACAUAGACCACUGGACACCAUCAGAGCUCGGGAAGCCUAAUUAUCUGAAGAAAACUCGAAAAGCCCUUCUAGGGGGAGGGUUAUUUACGGUGAAUGGUGACGAAUGGGCCUAUCAGAGGAAGACCAUGGCGCCAGAGUUCUUCAUGGACAAGAUCAAGGGUAUGAUACAGCUGAUUGAAGAUGCAACUGCUCCGCUGCUAGAAGCAUGGGAGAACAUUCUCGACAGUGCAGGAGGUAGCACAGAGAUAGUUGUCGAUGAUUAUGUGCGGAACAUCUCAGCAGAUGUAAUCGCCAGGGCUUGCUUCGGGAGUAGCUUCGCAAAAGGAGAAGAGAUAUUCUGCAUGCUCAGGAAGCUUCAAAAGGCGAUUUCUCAACAGGAUGCAUUUGUUGGACUCUCUGCACUGUGGAAGCAUCUGCCUACCAAGAGCAACCGAGAGAUACGGAAUCUGGUUGAGAGAGUCAGGCUACUGAUCUUGGAACUGGCAAAGGACAACGGGAACGAGAGUGGAGCUGAGAAUGAGGCAACUCAUAACGGUCUUCUGCGUGCGAUCAUCAAAGGCUCCCAUGGUGCUGGCCAUGGCGGCACUGCCGAGGACUUCAUCGUUGGCAACUGCAAGACCAUAUACUUUGCAGGGCACGAGAGCACGGCGGUCACCGCCAUUUGGUGCCUGAUGUUACUGGCCAAACACCCGGAGUGGCAGGAGCGCGCCCGUGUCGAGGCGCUGGAGGUUUGCCAUGCGAGGAGCACGUUGGACGUCGACGCCCUCCACCGACUGAAAAUUCUGACGAUGGUGAUCCAAGAAACUCUCCGUCUGUACCCACCGGCGUCGCUGAUGAUGCGUGAAGCCCUGACGGACAUAAAGAUCGGCGACCUGGAUGUGCCCCGCGGAACGAUCGUCCAGGUGACCAGAUCGAUGCUGCACCUGGACAAGGAAGCCUGGGGCCCCGACGCCGACGAGUUCCGCCCGGGCCGGUUUGCCAACGGUGUGGCUGGGGCGUGCAAGCCGGCGCACAUGUACACGCCAUUUGGGCUCGGCUCCAGGACCUGCAUCGGGCAGAACCUGGCGAUGACGGAGCUGAAGGUGGUGCUGGCGCGCCUGCUGAGCAGGUUCGCCUUCUCGCCGUCGCCGACGUACCGCCACGCGCCGGUGUUCCGGCUGACCAUCGAGCCAGGGUUCGGCAUGCCAUUGGUGGUGAAGAAGCUGUGAUCACCAUCGUUGCUCAUUGACCUGUAGUCGACCAGACUCUGAACUUGGACAGUCAACACUCACCAGGCGUGCGAGCCACAUAUAUACUUCCUAUGUCUCAAAAUAUAAGACGUUUUUGAGUUUUCAGACAGUCCUCAAAACAGUGUGAAUAGUCAUUUCUACCCUCAACAGUUUGAUUUUCAAAUUUGUCUCGAUCCUGCUUCUUCCUCGCCGUGCACCAACGCCAGCCCUGCGCUAGCAUCGGC